AGGCGUAAGUUCGGUUCAAGCGUGGCUUGAGCAGAGCAUUUUUGAGCCUUUCCCUGCCCAGUAACUCCCACCCGCGGCAAUGGCGGCUGCCGUGGCAUCCCCAGAUGUUGUCCGUCUGGGCGACGGCACCGAGAUUAGCCUCGCCAAGGUGCCUGGCGUAGACGAUUCGACGUGGAGCGAGGUGAAGGAGUACCUCCAAGGCAACCCAGACAUGGCCAAGAAGCUGCAGAGCUUCUCCAAGGACCCCGAGGCAAUGCGGGGCUGGCUGCAGACGCAGGCCAUGGCGGACUUCUACCAGAAGAAGCUCGGGAGCGCCGACGACCAGGUGCAGAGCCGAAUGAAGGCGUUGGAACAGGACCCCGAGCUCGCUCCCAUCAUCGAAGACGACAUCAAAAAGAACGGAAUGGAGGGGAUCAUGAAGCACUACCAGGACGAGGAGCUGAUGCUCAAGUUUAGCAAGGCCAUGGGCGGUGUGCCGGAGGAGCUCAAGCCGGCGCUGCAGAAGAUCGACGAGACGCCAAUGACCUUGCACGAGGCGGCCAAGAUGGGUGACCUCAAGGCGGUCCAGGAGUACCUGGAGAAGAAGAGGCCACUGGACGCACAGGACUCGAAGGGCAUCACCCCGCUGGGCUACGCUGUGGGCGGCAAUCGCAUCGCGGUCGUCAAGCUGCUGCUAGACAGCAGGGCCAAUCCGUUCGCUGUGGACGCCAGUGGCAACUCCGCGCUACACUACGCGGCGGGCUACGGUCGCAAGGAGCUGGUAGAGUACCUGCUGAAGACCGGAGCCAGCGUGGCACAGGCCAACGCCCAGGGGCGAAAGCCGCUCGACGUCGCCACGCAGAACAAGCACGAGGCCGUGAUCCAGGUGCUGAGGGCUCAUGGGGCGCAGUAGCCGUGUUUUUCUAGCCUCUAGUUUUCUCCCCUUCGGGGUUGCGUUUUGUAGCUGGUGGCUUUUUCAAACCUGGAGAGAUGCCGCAGAGCACCUCCCUGCCAUUCAGGCUGCCCUGCCAUUCAGGCUUCAAGCGAUGCGUAUCGCCUGCGAAGCUCAGAAACGAUGCCGGUUGGUGCGUGCGCGUCGGUGAUAGCGAAUGCGGGCUCUAAUCGUGAGAGGGAGG